UCUGCUAUGAAUUCAAACCCAGGCUGCCUUCUUCUCACCUCCCGCCGCCGCGAUUCUCUCUUUUCCGAUGGCAGCCGAUCUACACGAUAACCCAGACGCCAUGAACCCUACGAAGCUCGAACAGCCUCCCUACUGGUUUUGUCCGGAGACGGGAAUCUAUAGCAGCAAGUUCACGUCUGUACAGCUUCCACUCGACCCUUUUCUCGACGCCGUCUCCGCCAUUUUCUCUCACCGUCACGACGGAGACGUUGCUCUCGUCGAUUCCUCAUCUGGGUUUUCGAUAUCUUACGCUGAGCUGCAACCCUUGGUCAAAUCCAUGGCGGCUGGGCUUCAUCACCUCAUGGGUGUCAAGCAAGGUGACGUUGUUUUGCUGGUCUUGCGGAACUCCGUAUACUUCCCUGUGAUUUUCUUUUCCGUACUUUAUCUGGGCGCCAUUGUUACCACCAUGAAUCCUUCAAGUAGCUUGGAAGAAAUCAAGAAGCAAGUGGUUGACUGUAAUGCCGGUUUGGCGUUUGCUUCGCCAGACAUCGUUGAGAAGUUAGGCACAUUGGGUAUCACCGUGAUCAGGGUACCGGAAAGCUGUGAUCUUGGUUCAAUUCAAAUAAAAAAUUCGAAGUUCUACGAUAUUAUCAAUGGAAAUUUCGGUAUUGUGCCAAAACCAUUGAUUAAGCAGGACGAUGCAGCUGCUAUAAUGUAUUCCUCGGGCACAACAGGAGCUAGUAAAGGAGUUCUGUUAACUCAUGGGAACCUGAUAGCAGCAAUGGAGCUUUUUGUGAGGUUCGGAGCUUCACAAUAUGAGUAUUCGAGUUCGAGUUGUGUUUAUCUAGCUGUUCUGCCAAUGUGCCACAUAUAUGGGUUAUCCCUUUUUGCGGUGGGGCUACUGUCUCUAGGAUCAACAAUUGUUGUCAUGAGGAAAUUUGAUAUUGCUGAGGUUGUCAGAGUUAUUGAAAGGUUUAAGAUCACUCAUUUCCCGGUUGUUCCUCCAAUGUUGGUGGCCUUGACCAAGCGAGCACAAGGUGUUUGUGGGAAAUCCUUUAAAAGUUUGAAGCAAGUUUUUUCUGGGGCGGCUCCUCUUAGCUGGAAAUUCAUUGAAGAUUUUAUCCAGACUUUUCCCAGUGUUGACUUGAUUCAGGGCUAUGGCAUGACCGAAUCAACAGCAGUAGGGUCACGUGGCUUCAACACGCAAAAGUUUAAGAAGUACUCUUCGGUGGGACUACUUGCUCCGAAUAUGCAAGCCAAGGUGGCGGACUGGAGCUCUGGCUCUUUUCUUCCUCCAGGAAGCCAAGGCGAGCUCUGGAUAAGGGGGCCUGGCAUCAUGAAAGGAUACUUGAAUAACCCAGAAGCAACCCAGAUGGUAAUCAUUGAAGAUAGUUGGCUGCGUACUGGGGACAUAGCUUACUUUGACCAAGAUGGUUACUUGUUCAUUAUUGACCGUAUAAAGGAGAUUAUAAAGUACAAAGGUUUUCAGAUCUCGCCUGCAGAUUUGGAGGCUGUCCUUGUUUCGCACCCUGGGAUCCUUGAUGCCGCAGUAACAGCUUUCAGUGUCAGUCAUGAAGAAUGUGGAGAGAUUCCGGUGGCUUUUGUGGUUCGGCGGCCAGAAACAACAGUAUCUGAACAAGAUGUCAUAAACUAUGUUGGUGCUCAGGUUGCUCCGUACAAGAAGGUGAGGAAGGUUUUCAUGGUGAACUCUAUACCGAAAUCUCCAUCCGGAAAGAUCCUCAGAAGAGAACUAAGGAGAAUCCUAUCGAAUUCUGUUCCUUCUAAGCUAUGAUUUGAGCAUACUCACACAGGCUUUUCUGCUAAGAUCCGAGACCCAUUGAUUACAAUUUGAGGCUGUGGACCAUUAAGUUAUAGUAUCAUAUAUUGUUUACAUGUAUUUGUUUCCCCAUUCAAUAAUCAUUAUAUGGUGCACCAUAUUUAUACAGUGUUACUCGAUCAAUAAAUACAUUGGAUUCAGA